CACACAAAUUUAAAUCAUUCAUUACCACAACAAACAUUAACUAGCUUAAAUUCACUAAAUAAGUUCAUGCCUUUCCCUAUAAAAAUCUAUUUUAGUAAUGAUGCAAUUUCUUUAAUUGGAUUUCCAGGGGAAAUAUUUAUGCAAAUUGUUGAAAUGAUGAUUCUUCCAUUAACAAUUUCCUCAGUAAUUUCUGCAUUAGCACAGACACGCCCCUCUGUGGCUGGCAGAAUGGGGUUAUUAACUGUUGCCUAUUAUAUGACAACAACAUUUCUUUCAACUUUUACAGGAAUUUUGCUUGUUUCUUGUAUUCAUCCCGGUGAUCCUCAACUUAUACACGAAUUGGGAGAGGGGACAUUAGAUGACACAGCUUUAUCGCCACUUGAUACAUUUUUGGAUCAAAUUAGAAAUAUGUUCCCAGAAAAUAUUGUCCAAGCAACAUUUCAACAAGUCCAAACAAAUUAUGUUCCAGUCAAACCCCCAAGAGUUCCCCCUUCCAAACCUUUAUUUAAUUCAACAAACACAACAACAGCAAAAAUACCUCUAAAACCUAUUUUGGAAUAUACAAACGAAGUUAAUGUUCUUGGCCUAUUAGUUUUUUGUACUGGAUUUGGUGUUAUUUUGUCGGUUUUGGGUGAUCAGGCUAGGCUAAUGAUUAAUUUCUUCAUUGUUUUGGAUGCUGUUAUUAUGCGUUGGAUUAGCGCUUUAAUGUGGUGUUAUCCAAUAGGUAUUCUCUCACUUGUUUGCAAAAAUAUUGUUGAUAUAGAUGACCUUACUGCUACAGCCCAGGUAACUGUAAUUUGUGGUUUAAUGAUACAUUCAUUAUUAACACUUCCAUUACUUUAUUAUAUAAUUACGAGACAUUCACCUUUUGAUUUUAUGACUGGAAUGGAUGGAACAGCAUUAUAUGAAGCUGUUGCAGUUAUAUUUAUUGCACAAUUACAUAAUGUCAAGCUUACUGCUUUAGAGAUUUUAACUAUAAGUAUUACAACUACAGUAGCUUCUAUAGGUUCAGGCUCUGUUCCAGCUGGUGAAAAGUUUAAAAUAAUUUAUUUAAUCUUUAUUUAUUUUGAAGGUUUGGAUGUUUUGACACUUGUUUUAACAACUGUAUGUGAUGGUUUUGGCUGUGGAAUUAUUUCACAUUUAACAAAAGAACGUUUAUUGGAAAGCGAUACAAAUGAUUUAAUUAAAUACAAUAAUACAAUAAGGGAUGAAGAAAAUAUUACUCCUUUAACGCCAAUUGAAAUUGGAAGAAAAACACGUUUACAAAAGCAGAAUCAGUUAACUCCAAUUGCUUUACGUCCUUUACCUGCACAACAAAAUGCCACAACAAGCCAGUUAAACACAACAACAAACAAACAUUCCCAGUAGAGCAGAUUCUUUA